AUGCGUAUGUAAGAUGCCCCCUCAUCUCGUCUGAACUGCCACGUGGAACCCAUAGAUCGCCCGUGCGACCUCUCGUAAGAACUAAGAACAAGGAACCUUCUGGAUUCCAAUACCAUUAACCUAGCUCUCUAUUUAAUAUUUAUCGAUCGUCUUCAGCAAUUGAUCCCCCAUUCACGCCCCACUCUUCUUCUGCUGCAUCCGUGACAUUAUUGUCUCUCUCACAACCUCUCAGAUGGCUUCGUCAACUCUAAUAUGCGACACUGAGGCAUGGAAGGACUUGAAGGACCAUCUUGAUGAUAUUAAGAAGACCCAUUUACGUGAUCUGAUGAGCGACACUGGACGAUGCCAGUCCAUGAUGGUGGAGUUUGAUGGGAUGCUACUUGACUACUCAAGGCAACGUGCCACCCUUGAUACCAUAAAUAAACUCUACAAAUUAGCAGAGGCAGCAUCACUUAAGGAAAAGAUUCACCGUAUGUUUAAUGGAGAGCGUAUAAAUAGCACAGAAAAUAGAUCAGUGCUUCAUGUAGCUCUCCGAGCUUCAAGAGAUGCAGUUAUACAAAGUGAUGGGAAAAAUGUGGUGCCAGAUGUUUGGAAUGUUCUUGAUAAGAUCAAAGAGUUCUCUGAGAGAGUUCGUAGCGGCGCCUGGGUUGGAGCCACAGGAAAAGCACUGAAGGAUGUGGUGGCCAUUGGUAUUGGUGGCAGCUUCUUAGGUCCCCUAUUUGUGCACACUGCUCUUCAAACAGAUCCUGAGGCAGCAAAAUGGGCAAAAGGACGCCAAUUGCGUUUUCUUGCGAAUGUAGACCCUAUUGAUGUCGCUAGAAAUAUUACUGGGCUUUACCCUGAAACUACCCUUGUUGUGGUGGUUUCAAAAACUUUCACUACUGCUGAAACUAUGUUGAAUGCUCGCACUCUAAGGGAGUGGAUUUCAGCUGCCCUAGGGCCUUCUGCAGUUGCAAAGCAUAUGGUGGCAGUUAGUACCAAUCUCACGCUUGUCGAAAAAUUUGGAAUUGACCCUAACAAUGCUUUUGCAUUCUGGGACUGGGUUGGUGGUCGUUACAGUGUCUGCAGUGCUGUUGGAGUGUUGCCUUUGUCUCUUCAAUAUGGUUUCUCAGUUGUUGAGAAGUUCUUAAAGGGAGCUUCAAGCAUUGAUCAGCAUUUUUAUUCAGCCCCAUUUGAGAAAAAUAUUCCGGUACUUUUGGGUUUGUUGAGCGUCUGGAAUGUGUCAUUUCUUGGAUAUCCUGCCAGAGCCAUCUUACCUUACUCUCAAGCCUUGGAGAAGUUCGCACCUCACAUUCAACAGGUUAGUAUGGAGAGCAAUGGAAAGGGUGUAUCAAUUGAUGGUGUGCCACUUCCCUUUGAGACAGGUGAGAUAGAUUUUGGAGAACCUGGAACAAACGGUCAGCACAGCUUUUACCAACUGAUUCACCAGGGACGCGUAAUUCCUUGUGAUUUUAUUGGUAUUGCAAAGAGUCAGCAGCCAGUUUACCUAAAAGGUGAAGUGGUGAGUAACCAUGAUGAGCUCAUGUCCAACUUUUUCGCACAGCCAGAUGCCCUUGCAUAUGGGAAGACUCCUGAGGAGUUGCAAAAAGAAAAUGUUAAUCAGAAUCUUAUACCACACAAGACCUUCUCUGGAAAUCGACCUUCUCUCAGCCUUCUUCUUCCACAGUUGAAUGCAUACAAUGUUGGACAGUUAUUGGCAAUAUAUGAACACAGAAUUGCUGUGCAAGGUUUUAUAUGGGGUAUCAACUCUUUUGACCAAUGGGGAGUCGAACUGGGGAAGUCACUUGCAACUCGAGUGAGAAAGCAACUUCAUGCAUCUCGUGCAAAGGGAGAACCAGUCGAGAGCUUUAAUUUCAGCACUACAACAAUGCUGAAAAGAUAUCUAGAGCCCAAGUAUUUUCUAGGAGAUGCCUCUGUCGUAGUAGAUAUUCGUGAAGGCCAGGCUACCUCGGAUGUUCCCGCUGAUCCUCCAACUCUUCUGCCCCAGAUAUAACUGCUUUUUUGCUGAAACAAUUCCUCGAUUGGAAGAACUUCGAGUCUGUCUUUUCAAAAUUGACCUCUUUGUGUGGUCAUGAAUGAUAUUCUUGGUUCUAGCUGCUUCUACCAGUUGUAUGAGAAGAAUCUAAGUCAUGAUAACUAGUUUUUGGUAUCUUUGCAAGUUUUGUGCAAAAUUUGGGUUAACUGAAUUUUGUUGGAGGAAUACAUCAUAAGCGAGGUCUUCCAGUCAAAAUAAAUAAAAAAUUUAAAAAUAAAAAAAAAACCAAAAGCCGGGUGGCCUUUUGACAUGUAGUUGCUGUUCAUUGAUGAAAUUGUACGGACUAUGAUCUGGAACUUUGAAAGGAUCAACAAGAGUUGGUUUGGUUCGUAUGCUGUCGAAUAUGGUGGCUUUUAAAUGCC